AUGACGAUUAAGUUUUUGGUCUUAGUAAUUACUGUGAGUAUUGCAGCGCAUAAUUCCAGUGGUGUGAUUUUGGAUCGUGGAGAUACGCUUCGAUUGGGGGAUUCGCUCACUGAAAAUCAGACCCUUAUUUCCAAGAAUGGCACGUUUGCCUUGGGAUUUUUCAGUCCCAAAGGAACAAAUAAUUGGUAUAUUGGCAUCUGGUAUACCCUAAUCUCUCAAAAGGCCACAGUUUGGGUGGCUAACAGAGAAAAUCGUGUCAGAAACAUGCCCGGCGUUCUCAGAUUUUCAGAAAAUGGUCAUCUCAGAUUGUUUGAUGGAAAGGGCCGGUCGGUUUGGUCAACUGCUGUUGGCCAGAAAGGAUCACGAGCUAUAAUAACAGACUCUGGUAAUUUUAUUAUGAUGGACACCUACAAAUCUGCAAUUGUUCGGGAGAGUUUCGCUCAUCCGACAGAUACAUGGCUGCCUGGCAUGAAGAUGUGGAAAGGCAUGACAAUAACUUCCUGGAAGAAUACUUUGGAUCCUGCAAGUGGGCUCUUCUCUUUCCGAAUGGACAUGUCUCCGGGAAAGACACAGAUGAUAAUGUUCUAUAAUAACACUGUUCCAUAUUGGUCCAGUGGAGAAUGCUCUGGGAAUUCUUGUACUAAGGUUCCCGAAUUGCAAGUCAAAAAGAAAGUUCUAGCGUCCUCUGUGAGGCUUUCUCCUUCAAGAAUAUACAUUGCUUUUGGCAUUAGCCCGAUAGAUCAUACCCUCACGGGACGAUUCGUGUUAGAUGAGAACGGCGAAUUACAACUGUACUUCAGGAUGGAUGAUGGUAGAUGGAGUAUGAGGUGGUCGACGCAUCGAGGUCAAUGCAGUGACUAUGAAAUCUGCGGAACGUAUGGACUUUGCAAUGCGAAUGAUGUGUGUAGCAGUGUCCAGGGCUUCACGCCCUACAACGGCUCUCGAGGUUGGUGGUCAAGUGGGUGCUCUCGGCGAAGACCCCUGCAAUGCUCUGCUACAGAGGGCACAACCGACGGCUUUUUCGAAGCCAAGAACCAAUACUUAACUGAAAAAGAAGCCCUCAUAAUCAACAACGAGCCGACACAGCAAGGCUGCCAGAAUGCUUGUCUCAAUAAUUGCUCCUGCACAGCCUUUGGUCUCGCUAUUUCUGAUCAACCCGUCUGGGGCCAAUCCGUCUUCAUUAGGCUGGCUUCUUCUGAGUUGCGGCACUCCACGUCAGAGCGAAGGAACAAAAGUUCUCGCCUUACUAUUUUACUUUCGGCCGCCGCAUUCUUUUUUGUUGUUUCAGCUCUCCUGUUAACAACAUUUAUUCUGUGGAAACGUCGAAGACUGGUGAAGAAAAACGUGGAAGAGGAGGUGCCAAUGUCCCUCAAAAAGUUCAGUUACAAAGAGCUGAGAAUUGCAACGGAGAAUUUCAAGCAUAAAUUGGGUAGCGGAGCAUUUGGCUCUGUGUUCAAAGGAACUCUGCCGGACAACACGAUUGUUGCGGUUAAAAGAUUAGAGGGUUCCACGCAAGUAGAAAAACAAUUCCGUGCGGAAAUAAUCACCACUGGCAGAAUACAGCAUGUGAAUUUGAUCAGGCUGUGGGGUUCUGCGUAG